AGAUGUUAGCGGUGGGGCAGAUGGAUGCUAAUCGCCAGAGUGCGUUCGUCCUCAGCAGUGCGCCGCUGGCCGCGCUGCACAACAUGGCCGAGAUGAAGACCUCCCUCUUCCCCUACGCCCUGCAGAACCCCUCCGGCUUCAAGGCGCCGGCCCUGGGCGGACUCAACACGCAGCUCCCCUUGGGGACACCGCACGGAAUAAGCGACAUCCUGGGGCGGCCCGUGGGCAGCGCCAGCAACCUGCUGGGUGGGCUGCCCCGCAUCAACGGGCUGGCGGCCUCGGCCGGGGUUUACUUUCAGGGCCCCCGGCCGCCGUCUCCCGCGUACCCGAAACCCCUGGCGGAGCUGCCGGGGCGGGCCGCCCAUUUUUCUGUGCCGGAGUGGCUGCAAGGCUCUCCCUGAGAGACCCCAAAACGGCUCGCGGGGCCCGCUCAGACAGGGAUGGUUUUGGACAAGGACGGCAAGAAGAAACACUCUCGACCGACUUUCUCUGGGCAGCAGAUAUUUGCAUUAGAGAAAACCUUCGAACAGACGAAAUACUUGGCAGGACCGGAGCGCGCUCGGCUCGCCUACUCCCUGGGGAUGACCGAGAGCCAGGUGAAGGUGUGGUUCCAGAACAGACGGACCAAGUGGCGGAAGAGACACGCGGCGGAGAUGGCCUCGGCGAAGAAGAAGCACGACUCGGAGACGGAGAAGCUGAAGGAGAGCUCGGACAAUGAGGACGAUGACGAAUACAACAAGCCCCUGGACCCCAACUCAGAUGACGAAAAAAUCACAAGGCUAUUGAAAAAGCACAAAUCCACGAACCUGUCCCUUGUCAGCCCCUGCAGCACCAGCUCGGACACCUUGUGAGGGCAGGAGGCCGAUGGCCGCGAUGGGGCGAGUGUAGCUGGGUGUUUGAAGUGGUGUGUUGUACAGCCUGAGAUGUAUGUGAAAUGUAUAUAUAUUUUUUACAGAAUAAGUUAUGAAAUUAUUUUCUUUCUCAUCGAUGUAAAUUUCAGAGAAAUUUUUCCGACUUUUUGGGUUUUAUUUGUGUCCCUUUAAGAUUCCUGCUCUUUCCUUUAGACUUCCUGCUGGUCUCCUGCACCUAACAAUCAGGUUUUGUUACGUUUUCUAUGGGUCUCCAAAUCCAAGCUCAGCCACGUUGUAUAUAGUAAAUUUCAGAUUUCGUGAUGUAUAUUUCUAGUGUAAAAACGGCAGUUUUCUUUCACUCCUUGUCCCUCAGUGUUUUGGCGGUUUCAUUUCUCCUGCCUCCGGAUUUUAUGCUUAAUAAUACCAAAAACCAAAACAACGCCCAAAAAAAAAAGCACGAGAGAAAAAUGGACACUUGAUUUUACAUUGGGAUCAAAUAAUGUCUCCACACGUGUUGGAAAGACUUUGUAUAAAUCAAUAAAUUA